AUCUAACAUAGAAAACAAAUGCGCCAGCGCAUAAGAGGGUAAACCAAUUUGGAGCCGUUAAAGUUAGUUAGAUGAGUUUGGCAUUCGUAGAAUUGUAUGUUUUUGGUUUCUGUAUCGCCGGAGUUUGGAAGGCAACCUCGGAGCUGCCACGGGCUACCGAUGGGUUCUUUGCCGUGUUUAUACAUCUAUUCUGUUUUUAUUUUACCGCUUCCUUUUCAAAUAUUACCUUUAUCUAAUAUCAUUAUUCUCACACUUUCAUAUCGAUAAAUCGUCCUUACAACAACAACAUGUAUACUACGAUCAGUUGAUAGAAAAACAUAAUAGCCUUUUAACAACGCUGCAUCGUCAAGACGUUUGACUCCGCUGAGGAAGGGCAAAGAAGAAAAGUGUCCCAAAUUGUUAAAAGAAAGAAAAUACAGUAAUGUCUGUUCCUUCUACAUCAUCAAAAAAGCUUAGCGAAGGAAAACCAGGAGGUACAAGUCCAAGUCCUGUCGAAGGUAUCGAAGUUGUUCCUGGACCUAGUUCCUUAGAUCCUAUGCAUUGCACCUUUCCACAAGAUGGAGAAUCAGAAGAAUAUGGGGACGAAGAAGAUGAUGAAGAUGAAAGUAGCGAAGAGGAGAGCGAGAUUAGCGAUUCUGGCUUAUUUUAUGAUGCUGAGUGUGAAGAAGAAAUCGAAGGUAGCAGCUGUUCAUCACCAGCGUUACCAGCUCAGCCAUGCCUGCCGCAGAGAGCCCACAGCCCGAUAUUACACACAUGCGUUCCAUUGGAUAUUGUACAGCCUCAUAGAAAACGAAAAAGUGAAACGGAAUCUAGCUUACCAUGCAAGAAACCUAAUCCAGAUGACAAAUCUCAUAUGAUGAAUAUAAAAAAACUGGAUGAUAAGGCUAAACACGUUAGAUGCAUUAUUCCAACGAAAGAUAAUCCACCGCCCGAAAUGAAUAGUUGGCUUUUACAAUUUCAAAGGUGGUCAAAUGCAGAAAGAAUGCUGGCUAUAGAUGAAUUAAUAGAAAGAUGCGAACCAACGCAAGUCCGUCAUAUGAUGCAAGUUAUAGAACCACAAUUUCAAAGGGAUUUCAUAUCCUUACUGCCAAAAGAAUUAGCCUUAUCAGUAUUGGCUUUCUUAGAACCAAGAGAUUUAUUACGCGCAGCGCAGACAUGUAGGAAUUGGAGAUUUUUAGCAGACGAUAAUUUACUUUGGAAAGAGAAAUGCAUAGCUGCUGGUAUAGAUGAUUUAAAAGAUUUCCCUCCGUGGAAACGUAAAAAUGGAAGAAAUCCUGGAAAUUCUUCGUCGCCAUGGAAACAAGCUUACAUGCGACAACACAAUAUAAAAAUGAAUUGGAGAACAAAGCCUAUCCGUACUCCAAAAGUUCUUAAAGGUCACGAUGAUCACGUUAUUACAUGCCUUCAGUUUUCUGGCAAUCGAAUAGUUAGUGGUUCUGAUGAUAAUACUCUUAAAGUUUGGUCAGCCGUUACGGGUAAGUGUUUACGAACAUUGGUUGGACACACUGGAGGUGUCUGGUCUUCUCAAAUGUCAGGAACUAUAGUGAUUAGCGGUAGUACAGAUCGUACCUUAAAAGUAUGGAAUGCAGAGACUGGUCAGUGUAUUCAUACUUUGUAUGGGCAUACAUCGACGGUGAGAUGUAUGCAUUUAUAUGGAAACAAAGUGGUUAGUGGUAGUAGAGAUGCCACAUUAAGAGUGUGGCAAAUAGACACUGGUGAAUGCCUCCACGUACUUGUGGGCCAUUUGGCAGCUGUCAGGUGUGUGCAAUAUGAUGGAAAAUUAGUUGUAAGUGGGGCUUAUGAUUAUAUGGUCAAAGUAUGGAAUCCCGAACGCGAGGAGUGCCUUCAUACAUUGCAAGGACAUACCAAUCGUGUCUAUUCCCUCCAGUUCGAUGGUGUGCAUGUUGUUAGUGGAUCACUGGAUACGAGUAUAAGAGUAUGGGAAGUGGAAACUGGUGCUUGUAGACAUACUCUUAUGGGUCAUCAGUCUCUUACUUCAGGUAUGGAAUUGCGUAAUAAUAUUUUGGUGUCCGGAAAUGCAGACUCUACGGUCAAGGUGUGGGACAUUGUUAGCGGGCACUGCCUUCAAACACUUUCUGGUCCAAAUAAACAUCAGUCGGCGGUUACUUGUCUUCAGUUUAAUAGUCAUUUUGUGAUUACUUCCUCCGACGAUGGUACUGUUAAGCUAUGGGAUGUCAAAACUGGUGAUUUUAUAAGAAAUCUAGUUGCUUUAGAAAGUGGUGGAAGUGGUGGAGUUGUAUGGAGAAUACGUGCAAGUGAUACAAAAUUGGUGUGUGCAGUUGGUAGUCGCAAUGGUACGGAGGAAACUAAACUUCUUGUUCUUGAUUUUGAUGUAGAGAUAAAAUAGCACUUUCUCACAGACUGGAUUCCUGCUCCUUUGUACGACUUAUGUACAUACUUUUAUUAGGUAGCAUAACCAAUUUACUGUACAAUGUUUCAUGUAUUACAUGGUGUGAUUGUGAUAAGACUGUACGGUGGAAAUUUGAAGAAGUUGGUUGAAGUCAAUUUUGGACAUUAUGAGCAAUCUUUAAUUAGAUGAGUUGUCUAACAUUGACAGGAUUAAGUACAUAACUUGCGAGGUGUAUCAAUUGCAGUGUACAAAUAUGAGAUUUAAAAGACUCAAUAGCCUCCAGGAAAUGAGAGCUUUACAAGUGUAAUACUGAAUUAUUGCUGUUAUUGAAUUUAUCAGAACUAUUACAAAUAUAAAAGAGGCAUGAUCAUUCUUUUAUAUUGAAAUUUUCAUUGCAAGUUUAUGUGGGCUGUUAACAAAAUUUGUACUGAGAAAGCCAAGGAAAUCUAAUUUGUUACAAUAUAAAAAAGGUUUUAUCAAUACUAUGAAAAAAUUAUUUAAAAAAUUCUAAAUUGAAUAAGUUAUUAUUAAUUGCCCACGUAAGUUACAAUUUAACGUAGUUAUUUUUUUUUUUAUUUUAUUGAAGAAAUUAUAUCUAAUUAAACCUUAUCUUAAUCUAAAUGCAAAGAUCAAGAAAUCAUGCCGCAUUAUUUAGGUAUCCAUCUGUAUCUAGAAAAAUAAUUUUUGUUUUAAGAAGGAAAAUACGUUGUUGUGAGACUGACAAAGAUACGCAUAUGGGAGGACACAAAGAUUUAGAUUUUAUAACUAUCACUUGGAUAUAAUGAUGUAUGAUGUAAUGAAUAUUAGUAAAUCGUUAGGUAAAUAGUUGCAAAUUUGUUUAAUUCCAACGUCGAAAUAUGAAAGAAAGAAGAAUCACUUUAAUUUACUUAGAAAUGCAAAAAUUUGAUCAAAUAAUUUGGACGUGUAUAGAAAUGACUAAGGAAACAAAAUUUGAUCUUAAUUGCAAUUUUGGAGUUGCAUAUCGUGGUGAAUAUGACUUAAAUUUGUUUUUAUAUAUUUACGUUAAAUAGGCAUAUAUGUAUAUUGUGAUAUAUAAAUAUUUUCAUUAGGUGUAAUCCCAUAUGUGUGGCGAUUAAAAUCUCCAUCAUUAAUUAUAUUCAAAAAUUAAAAUGACUUUUUUAUAUAAGUAUAAAAAUAUCUACAAAAAUGAGCGAAUCAUUAGAAUUAUUGGAAAAGAAUUUAUUUAUUCUAUGUAAGCAAUAUCGUAACGUAAAUCGUGGCGUAAAUGAUUAUAUAAAUGAUUGGAAGUAAAUGUAAUGAAAAGGCUCGCAUCGAAAGUUAUAUAAUAGCAGUAUCUUUUCAAUAAUUCAUUAAAGUAUUUCUUUUUUUUCUACCAAGGGGCAAUAAUAAGAGCUGCAUAUUAUUUUCUGCAUAUAGAAUGUAUAAGUCAAUUUCAUAAAAUCGCUUGUGUAAUCACGAUCUUUAGAGAAAUUUAUUAAUUCUAUCAAUGUAUAGAGACAAAAACGGAUCAUUGAAAACUAGGUUUGAAAAAAUGCUCAGUAUAUUCAUUUAUCAGAAUACAUAUAUCGGAAGAUAUAUUUCGCGUGAACGCAUCUUUUAUUAUUGAACCCUGGUUAUUCUAAGGAUCGUGUUUUAUUUGUAUAUUGCUUAAUAGUUUAUAUUAUAAGGAUGUGUUAUCUGUUGUAUCAUUUUUUACAAGAAAUAGAAAAUGUUGCUCCAUUUUAGAAAA